CUCAAAAUGGCGGUGUUAGUGGAAGAAAACCGUUUAGUGUGUGACGACAGUCGUGAAUGCUUAGUGUGUUGUGGAGUCGUUAAAGAACCUUUUAUAAGAUGCCGGCAGUGCAGGCCUGCAGUGGAUAUAUGUUUAGAGUGUUUUUCCAGAGGAGCUGAAGACAAGGAACACCAUAGUGAUCACAGUUAUGAAAUUAUAAGCAACAAUUUUCCAGUUUUGGAGAAGAAUUGGAGUGCUCAAGAGGAGUUUGACCUUUUGAAUAGUAUCUCUGAUUGUGGCUUUCAAAACUGGACAGAGGUUGCCAAGCAAGUUCAAAGCAAAACAGAAGAAGAAUGUGAGGAACAUUACAUAAGAUGUUAUAUCGAUAAACCUUGUGAGGCUCUUCAGAUUUCAGAACUGAGGCCUGUCACUGCCUGCACAACAUUGCCAUCCACAGCAGGCAUUCUGUUUAAGGCUAUGGAAGAUCCUCCCCGUCCUCCAAUGGAUUCAGCAAGAAGCUUGGAAAUGUCUGGUUACAUGCCAUGCAGGGGAGAUUUUGAUGUGGAGUAUGAUAACUACGCUGAAGUUGACAUUAAAGAUAUUGAAUUCAGUUCUUCUGAUUCCGAACUUCUCAAAGAACUCAAAAUUGCUGCCAUUGAAAUAUUUUUGUCAAGGCUACGGCAAAGAUUCUACAGAAAAAGAAUUGUGAGAAAAUACGGACUCAUCAACAUCCGGAAAUGGCAAACCCUCGAGCGAAGACAGUCGAAAACAGAAAGGGAGCUUCGUGACAGCCUCAGACCUUUUGCUCGUCUUCAUUCACCGGAUCAACAUGAAAUAUUUGUCCAAGGAUUACUAAUGGAAUCUUUCCUGAAGAAAGAAGUUGUCAGUUUACAAGAAUACAGAUCCGCGGGCAUUCGUACAAGAAAGGGAGCAGAGGUGUAUGAGCGACUGAACAGGCGUCGUGAAGAAGACAAAUCUCGGAGAAAAAUGCUGGAUGAUAUUCUGGCCAAUAUCCAGGACGAAAAAGCCUGUCAAGUGUGGCUUCACAGACAGGCUCAAAUAGAUUCGGGGCAAAGCUUAGCGCCCAUUCCACUGCCCAGCUUAGGUCGUAAGCCUGCAGCUCGAUUGGACAUCAGUGGAACUCCAGGAGUUGAACAACUCAGACCAUUAGAGAGAGAGUUGUGCAGUAAUCUGAGGCUGUUACCACAUGAUUAUCAGAAUUACAAGUCCAGUCUCAUCAAAGAAUACGAGAAACAAGGUUCAUUACGACUCGCCCAAGCGCGCACUUUGAUCCGCAUUGACGUCAACAAGACAAGAAAGAUGUACAACUUUUUUGUGGAGCAAGGCUGGGUUAAACCGCCUGAUAACUAGAUCAGUCUGGAAUAAAAUGAAAAUUUAA